GGGCUAGCGCGAUGUUAGCGGCAACAUGAUGGCAUGUUUACGUUGACACAAAUAAUAAUAAACAUUGAAUAACAUGUGGGUUGAUGUUAGUGGGCGCGAACGACAGGGUUACAUGAAGCAGACCAACGGCUCCUUCAUACCAGGAUACACCGGACACUGCCCUAUGUUAAAAUUUCGUUUCGGUAAAUGCUACGGAGACAACACAAGACAGAUUCUACGGGAAAUACGGUCUAAAGGGUUAUUCAAUAAGCCGUUAGAAUACCGACCGCGCGACAACUACGAGUUGGAGAAUAUGCCACGACACCGAAACCCUCAGGAAGACGUGUACGACGGACUGCACAACCAGCAGACGGCGUAUAUGACCGGCUAUACGGGAUACGUACCCGGUAUGAACUUCAGAUAUGGUAAAUCCUACGGCCGUUCGGCCGACGACUGCAUGGCUGACUUCACGGAAAGACAGAGAGAACUCAGACGCAAAACUGAUUUGAAUAAAACCUACGCCAGAUCUAGGAGUGCGCCAAAAAUGGAAACCAUUCACUCCAGAGACGAGAUCAGACGUGACCUUAAUAGAUUCAGAGAGAUUAAUAAGUACAAAGAUAACACAAUAUCUCCAGAAUUUCCGCCAAUCGCAGGAUAUACCGGCCAUAUUCCUCGCAUUAAAGGAACCGAAGCGUCCCUUAGUCAACGGUAUCAUUGCGCAGCCAAACGUGGUCUGGAACUUAUUAAAAUGGAGAAAGAAAAAAGAAAAGAAUUGCAAAAUGCCAACGCUAAUAUUAGAUCGAUCUUAAAAGAUCGUGAUAAGAGAUACUCUUAUUGGGAUUGGGGAUAGCAUACAGGCAGAAGAAUGUUCUUUACCAAAUGUAGAUGAGCAUUCUUCUAUAAAAAGCUCUACAAAGGAUAGACCAACAAAAAGUUUAGAUGAAUAUUAAAUGAUUAACAUAAAACAAAAAAACACAUUAGGACAUCUUCAGGCCUCAGGAUCAUCAAAGCCUCAGGA